CAUCGACCACAGUGUACGAUAGUUCUGAUGAGUCGACCUUGGGAUCUAUCGAGGCGAAAUCAUCUAGGGACGAUCUGAACUGGAAACCUCAGAAGAAAGAAUGGUUCAUCAUGAUCAGUCUGUCCUUCAUAUCUUUCAUGGUAUCUCUCGAUUCUACCAUCUUAGUCACGGUCCUUCCAACCAUUGCAGGGGCUCUACAUGGCACAUCAAUCGAUGCCUUCUGGGCAGGUACAUCAUACCUUCUUACAAGUGCUGUUUUCCAGCCUGUCAUCGCUUCAAUUUCUGAGGUUUUUGGACGACAACAGCUUCUUCUCUUCUCCUUGGUGUUCUUCACCGUCGGCACAAUCAUGUGUGGCGCAGCCAACGACUUCACUGUUCUACUUGCUGGUCGCAGCAUUAAAGGUAUUGGAGGAGGUGGCAUCAUCACAAUGAACCAGGUGAUCUUUUGCGACAUUGUCCCACUACGCCUAAGGCCAAAGUACUUCGCUAUCGUCCUCAGCUCAUGGAGUCUUGGAACGCUUGUUGGUCCAAUGCUGGGCGGUGCUCUUGCGGAAAAUACUUCGUGGCGAUGGGUCUUCUGGAUCAAUCUGCCAUUCUGUGGUGUCGGCAUCAUCCUCGCAGUCUUCUUCAUCAGACUCAACGCAGUCGCGAAGAUGACGUUUGCGCAAAAGCUGAAGCAUACUGACUUCCUUGGUGCGUUUUUGUUCGUUGGCGGGUUGACUUCUAUUCUCAUUGGUCUGUCAUGGGCGGGCAUCCAAUACUCCUGGACUUCUGUUCAAACACUCUGCCCAGUCAUAGUCGGCUUUGCUGGCCUUGUUGGUUUCGUUGUGUGGCAAAAGAUGGCAGCUUCACACCCAUUGCUUCCGUUAUCGUUGUUCUACUGUCCAUCUGCAUUCGCGGCAUUCUACUGCGCAUUUGUCAAUGGUUUAGUGAUCUUUAUGGGAUUGUACUACUUCCCCUUCUACAGUAUGAGCGCGCGCGGAGUGUCAGCUAUCAAAUCUGGGGUUGACCUAUUGCCGGCUCUUGUUCUUUUCCUCCCUGGCUCCAUCAUCGUUGCCACCCUCACCACUCGAUUGGGCCGUUUCCGUUGGGCUCUCUGGGUGGGAUGGGCCAUCAUGACCCUCGGCAGCGGGCUUUGGAUCUUGCUUGAUGAAGACGUCAAGACUGCAGUUUGGGCCGUUGCGCUUGCGGUCUUUGGUGUCGGUGCUGGAAUGGUUCUCACCAGCGUGAAUGUUGCCAUCCAGGCCAUCGCUCACGUAGAAGACGCAGCAAUGGCUGCUAGCAUGUAUGGCUUCUUCCGAAGCCUAGGUAUGCCAAUUGGUGUCAUUCUUGCCGGAACCAUUUUCCAGAACGUCAUGUCCACGCGCCUUGAAACACUUAACCUUCCUACUGCGAUUGCACAUGACUCUGAGCGUUAUGUUCACGUACUCCAAGCAAUGGACCCUGCUGAUCCUAAGCGUGCCCUCAUUAUCGACGCUUAUGUGACGGGCUUUCGCGGUAUCUGGAUCUUUAUGGUAGGAAUGACAGCGACCGGGUUGCUUGCUAGUGUGUUCAUCAAAAAGUUCGAUAUGAACAAGGAGUUGAAGGGCAAGUUUUCGGUCGGGCCAUCGAAAGAGGCGCCGGCAGACAAUGUCUGAUCAAUGGUUCAAUGUCUCCUUGGCUCUGAUCAUAUCUUUUUAUUACACGCCUUAGAAAAUAUGC